AGAGAGAGAGAGAGAGAGAGAGAGAGAGAGAGAGAGAGAGAGAGAGAGAGAGAGAGAGAGUCCACACGGCAGAAUAUAAAUCUGUAUGUUAACAGGACUAAAGCUUGAGGUCUCGAAGCGGCUUCAGCGGUUAUGCUGGUGGGGGGUGGCCAUAAAGCAUCAAGAUGGUCUUCCCUAUUAACUGAGGAUCUGUGCAAAUAAGGAAGUGGAACCCGUGGGAGCUGUGAACGCCAGUUGUCAAGCACAGUGGUGGGCUGGUCGGAGGUCUCUGACCCCCUCAUUUUUAUUUCUGGAAGAAAAAAGAAGAGCAAAAAAGACACGAGAGAAAAACGAAGGUGACAGCGAGGGACCAGAAUCAGGAGGCAUUGCGUUUUGGUAGAAGUGGGUGUUUCUGGAGCUGUCAUUGUGUUUGGUGCCGCUACAAAGGACAGCUGAGCAGGGAGUGAGAGACAGCCUUGGAGAUAAUAAAAUAGCAUCCUGAAAGAAAAGGGGGGGACCUGGGACUACAGGAACAGCUGACAACCAAUGGAAGGUGAAUUGUGUUGAAAAAAAAAAACUGUUACAGAGACUGACAACCAUUUUAGGGUAGCUAUUUAUUGAGACCAUUACCACUUCUUGAGGGAAUAAAGAAGCAGUGUGCCAAACCAACACUGCCGGUUGGAUUCUACUAUUGCUGUUGCUAAGCAAAGUCUUUAACCUGAAGUUCUUGGGCAGACAGUAUUGAUCAUCACUCUACAGCCAUGAAAGGAAGCUCAGAGGAAAGCAUUAAAAGCAUCAGGCCCUCCAACCUGCAAGAUUUUGCUAACAUAUCUACCUUACAUGGCAUGAGUCACAUAUUUGCCUAUGGGCACAUGGCUUUCCGUCGGUUUCUUUGGAGUAUUUCCUUUCUUGGUUCACUAAGCUUAUUGAUCCUGGCCUGCAGUGAUCGAGUGUCAUAUUACCUGGAGUAUCCUCAUGUCACCAAGCUGGACGAGGUGGUGGCGACGAACCUCACCUUCCCAGCUGUUACCUUCUGUAACCUCAAUGAGUUUCGCUUCUCCAAAAUCACCAGAAAUGACCUGUAUCAUGUGGGAGAGCUCCUGGCCCUCCUUAAUAAUAACUAUCAAAUAGCCAACCCACACUUGGCUGACCCUGAGCUUCUGGCUGCCCUUAAGGAUAAGGCAAACUUUCAGAACUUCAAGCCCAAACUGUUCAACAUGACUGAUUUCUAUAACCGUACAGGUCAUGACAUCGGUGACAUGCUACUUGCAUGCACCUUUCGAGGAGCGGAUUGCUACCCGGUGAACUUCACCACAAUUUACACACGCUACGGAAAAUGCUACACAUUCAACUCUGGAUUAGACGGCAACCCUUUGUUGACCACGUUAAAAGGUGGCACAGGGAACGGCUUGGAGAUCAUGUUGGAUAUUCAGCAGGAUGAAUAUCUGCCUGUUUGGGGAGAGACAGAUGAAACCUCCUACGAAGCAGGCAUCAAGGUUCAGAUCCACAGCCAGGACGAGCCGCCCUUCAUUGACCAACUGGGAUUUGGUGUGGCCCCUGGUUUUCAAACUUUUGUGUCAUGUCAGCAGCAACUGCUUCAGUACCUCCCUCCGCCUUGGGGAGAUUGCAAGUCUACUCCCAUAGACUCUGAAUACUUCUCCACGUAUAGCAUCACCGCCUGCCGCAUUGACUGUGAAACCCGGUACCUGCUGGAGAACUGCAACUGCAGGAUGGUUCACAUGCCUGGGACCUCAACAGUUUGCACACCUGAGCAGUACAAAGACUGUGCUGACCCAGCUUUAGACUUUUUGGUAGAGAAAGACAACGAUUACUGUGUCUGUCAGACCCCCUGCAACAUGACUCGCUAUGGCAAGGAGCUGUCCAUGGUUAAGAUCCCCAGUAAGGCAUCUGCUAAGUAUCUGGCUAAGAAAUUCAACAAAACUGAGCAAUAUAUUGGAGAAAAUAUAUUGGUCAUGGACAUCUUCUUUGAAGCUCUGAAUUAUGAGAAGAUUGAGCAGAAGAAGGCCUAUGAAAUUGCAGGGCUUCUUGGUGACAUUGGAGGUCAGAUGGGGCUGUUUAUCGGAGCCAGUGUCUUAACAAUACUGGAAAUAUUUGACUACCUAUAUGAGGUGAUUAAGGAUAAGGUUUUGGGCUACUUCAUACGCAAGAAACGACCACAGCGUUGUCAGAGCGACAAUCUGGAGUUUCCAGAGAACCCAACCAGCCCUGGUGUCACGCCUAAUCAUGCCCCCAGAGCACCUGUGACACCCUCCGGAGUCACUCGGACAGUCUCGGAUUCACGCCGAACAUGUUACCUCGUCACCCGACUCUAGGCAACUUUGAAGAGUUUGCUUGUUGACAACAUAAAGUAGGGGGUGGGGUGGCACAUCUGGGGACUUGACAGCAAACUGUGAAUUAAUUUAUGUAUUUAACGGUUGAGUGUAUAACUCAGAAACAUAUACAUGUAAUAGAGUUUAUCAAUGCCUGAAUAGAAAUAGAGUACUAUCAUCAGAAAAAAAGAGACCACUUCCAAAACAGAACUCAGGUUUAACUGCCAUGUCAAGGUAUCACUGUUAAUUUAUUCAUGUUUCAUUUCAUGGAUUUGUUUUUCUUAUGCAGUCACUUUAGAGUUAUACAAUCAGUGACGAGAAAUGGGUCCAAAAAAGGCUUUCUGACCUGUGAUGAGAUGUAGCACUGUUGUGCAGGUUUUGCUGUACAUCAAUUAAAAAAAAAAAAAAAAAAAAAAAAAGAGAAUACAUGUGGAUUGGUAUGUGUAGCUUUGCAGUUUCUCAACAGUGUUACGUCUCCAGCAUCUAACUAAUGCUGUACUGAGUGACCUUAUACUGUCACCAGUUUGAACAGGAGAGCCUUUUCAGAAAUCUGCUCGACUUCAAUAAGCUUGAUUGUUGGAUAAAAGAGCUGCUCAUACCUGAAUCAAAACACUAGACUGGUGUUUAAUGUUGCCUUUUGCUACUGUGAGGCUUUGGAUUGUCUCAUAAAUUAGACGACUGUGCUAAAUCAAUUUAAAAACAGAAAAGGAACUUGAUUAUUUGUAUAUAUGCAAGUAUCUAGUUUUGAUUCAUGUGGAUGGCGGUAACUGCUGAAUUGGAUGGGUUUGUUAACUUAAGUCACUUUUUACACACAGUAAGGGUAAAAAAGGCCAAAAAAGGCUGUUGAUUGUAUUUUUAUUUAGCUAACAUUUCAAUUUUCAUUGUUUUCCCAUUUUGUAGGAUAGUGUUGCUGUGCUGUCACAAAAAAAUGCUAGCAUGCAGCUUGCUGCAGAAAUUCUCCCUUAUUUAUGUACAUUGAAUUCACUAGAAGAGGAACAAUCAGGUUUUCCUUUUUUGCCUUUUUAAUAAUUCUCAAUUCUUUUUUCAUUACUGUGUCUUAAAGGUGUUCAUCAGCACAAUCCCCUGUGAUAGUAAUCUAUUCUCUAUUGAACAUACGUAGACUUUAAAAGGCUUGUUGGUGACAUUCCUAAACUUGAGAGAAAUUUGUAAAUACAAAUAAAAUCAAAUGCCAUUACGAAAUUCUAUACUGCUCAUGUGAGACAUUUGUCAAAAAUAUAUGUAUCAAUAUAUCGAUAUAUAUAUAUAUAGAGAGAGAGAGAGAUAAGUGUUUUUUCAUCUGUUCUUACACCAAAAGGAAUUUGGAUUUUCUAUCUGGGUGGGCCGUAAGUGUCUUUGAGUUUCUGGUGAUUACAGUAUAAUGUGACUGACAACUAAAUAGACUUUAUUAGAUACAAGAGAAUUGCCUCAAAACAUCAAAACCACCACACACCUCAGCCCCAUUCAGUUCAAUUGAUUUAUGACAGAAAUGCAUUGUACAAUUUUACCAUUGUAUCCUUUUAUUAUUAUUCCAAAAGAUGUAAUAAGUCACAAAUAACAGUUUGUGAUGUAUAAAUGAUCAAGUAUAAUAAACUCUAUAUUUACCCAUCUUACUUACAUACACAACUUUUCUUCUUAUCUUUGUGUGAGUGUACUUCCUCUCUUGUUAAUGGUCACUAUGUUAUUUAAAUCCUUGACACUACAGUUAUGGACUUGUAGGUACUUGCAUAUCCUCACUAUAAAUACUUUACUGGAAAUUCAGAGUAUAGUUUUUUUUUUUUUUUUUUUAUGUGAAACUUUCAAGUAUAAUGCCAAUCAAGUUAAGUGGUGUUCAUAACACUGUAGCUUUAUUACUCUGUUGACUGUGUAUUAGAUGACUGUUGAUGUGAAGCACAAACCCUUGGAAAUCAGCCAUCACUUGAAAGCCAAUGACUGGAUGUCUAUGGUUGUGACUACCUUCUAUGGCUUUAGUUUUAAUUACAACCACUGUUGCACGUGGUGUGUUCACUGUUAACAGGAGCUUACUCCAAAAGGAGCUGGACACCACCUCGUGAAAAGAAUUUAUCUAAAUGAAACUUUUACUUUUCAGUGGAAAUUUGACUUUUCAGGAAACAAAAAAAGGUGAAUCAGUGAAACUGUGUCAUGAGCAAUAAAUGCACUGAAUCAGAUACAAGUGUUAACAAAUUGACAUAAAAAAAAGUUUUGGGAUUCCCAUUUUCAAUUCAUGACAUUCAACAGCUGGAAUGGAUGUAGACUGAACAGCUGCCAACUGCAACACAAAUGUAUAUGACAACUGUAUAUUAACCAUCAAUAGCAAAAUAAAUAGACACAAAUGCCAAUUCACGUUACACAAUUAUGCUAUUCUGAUGCUGCUGCAUUGCCAUGAUGAUUUUGAGUAUGUGUGUUUUUGUCAUGUUGUUGGGUUAAAAAGCAUAAAAAUGACCCAGCAUUACCGCAAACUGUGGAUGAAGGAAUUGUGAAAAUGUCCUGGGUCUUUACCUCUCUCUCCCCACACCCCCUGCCUUACUACCAGUCACAGAACAGCAGAGUGUAUCUGAACUGGCAGAAACUAUUACUUAACUGUUUGUGCUCAUUAGGUAGUCCUGGUAUUUACUGCAUAAUUAUGGCCAAGUAGAAAACCAUAUUCUAUAUAUUUCUGUCCCCCAACACCUAGAUUUGACCUCAUUAAUUAUUAGUUUUUCAGUUGUUACAUCACCCAUUUUCUUCCUUGCAUGAUCAUUAUGUAUCCUAUUAUCUCUGGUCUAUUAAUGUAAUCUUAGCCAUGUUAUUCACUUUGUAUGGUCCCAAAUGUAUUUUUGGAGCCAGAUUAAUCAAAAUGACGUUCUCCACAUCCUUCUCAAACCGUGCAAUACUCAAAAAGAUAGAUAUUCUACAGUUGUGGGAAAAAAGGCUAUAUCUUUCCAUCACUUUAUAUGGAUUAAAUGAACAUAAUGUGGCUUCAAGACUGGUUCUUAAAAGUAACACCAAGGUUUCCAUUCGCAAAACAUCUGGGGAAUUGAACUUGCUUCAUCUGGCUCUAUGUGCUUUAUGUGAAUUUUAUUGUAGAUAUGUGAUUGUAACUCUGAACUGUACAUUAAAUAGUUAAUACACACUUAA